CGGAGUAGUCGAGUCAGAGAAGAGGAUUGACACUCUGCAGGGCAGCGGAAGUUGCCUCCAUCCUCAUCGGCAAACUUAUGGAUCAUGUGUCUUUCAGGGCUGCUGUGGCCUGAGGACCUCUAGAGAGGAGGGUUUUGGGAUCCUGGUCUCCAUGGUAACACAGUCCCGGCCGCAGCUGCUAUGUCCUCCGUCGCUUUGUCAACAUCCCCUGGUGGUGGUGGUGGUGGUGGGGUUGGUGGUAUUGGUGAUGCUGCAGCUGCCAUGGCAACCCAGGGAUUGGAGCAGGCCCUGCUGGCCUCAAACCGCUACGCCAGACUCAUCCUGGCCCAGAUGAACAAAAUGCGGCUCCGCACUGACUUCUGCGACGUGGGGCUGAAGGUCGGCAGCCGGGUCUUCCGGGUCCACCGGCUGGUGCUCGCCGCCAGCAGCCCAUACUUCUCUGCCUUGUUCUCCGGGGGGAUGAGAGAGGCGGAUAAAGAGGAGGUGCAGAUCCUCGGUGUGGAGACUGUAGUCUUUGAGGUUUUGCUGGACUUCAUAUACACAGGUGUGAUCAGCGUCACCGUGGAGAACGUUCAGGAGCUCAUGGUGGCAGCAGACAUGCUGCAGCUGAAUGAGGUGGUGUCUGUCUGUGGAGAGUUUCUCAAGGGCCACAUGGACCCAUCUAACUGUGUGGGCAUCUUCCAGUUCUUGGAGCAGAUAGCCUGCAUGGACAUGCUGGAGUUUACUGAGAACUACAUUCAUGUUCACUUCCUGGAGGUCUGUGUUACUGAGGAGUUCAGGGGCCUGACAAAGGAUCAGUUGGUCAGGCUGCUGCGAAGUGAGGAGCUGAGGAUUGAGGAUGAGUACCAGGUAUUCACCGCAGCCAUGGACUGGGUUCUGCAAGAUGUGGCAAAGAGGAAAAAACAUGUAGUGGAGGUGCUGGAGCCAGUCCGCUUCCCUCUGCUCUCCCCACAGAGACUGUUCAAGUACAUAGAGGGUAUUACUGACUUUAGCCUGAGGGUGGCACUGCAGACUCUGUUGAAGGAAUACACUGAAGUCACAAAGUCUCCCAAAGAGAAUAAGAUGUACAGCCAGCUUCAACCAGCCAAGAUGAGACCCAGAAGGAAAGCCAGGAAAUACCUCUAUGCCAUAGGAGGUUACACUCGGUUGCAAGGCGGCCGCUGGAGUGACAGCCGGGCGUUGAGCUGUGUGGAGCGCUUCGACACAUUCAACCAGUACUGGACCACUGUGUCAUCCCUGCAUCAGGCCCGCAGUGGUCUCGGGGUUGCAGUCCUGGAGGGUAUGAUCUACGUGGUGGGAGGGGAGAAAGAUUCAAUGAUUUUCGACUGCACAGAGAGAUAUGACCCAGUGACCAAGCAUUGGGCGGCUGUUGCGUCACUCAACUUUCCUCGAUGUGGAGUUGGUGUCUGCCCCUGUCACGGAGCUCUGUAUGCCCUCGGUGGUUGGAUCGGCUCUGAGAUCGGUAAGACAAUGGAACGAUACGAUCCGGAGGAGAACAAGUGGGAGGUCAUCGGCAGCAUGGCGGUUCCUCGGUACUACUUUGGAUGCUGCGAGCUACAAGGGUUCAUUUACGUGAUCGGAGGGAUAAGUGAUGAAGGGAUGGAGCUGCGAUCAGCCGAGGUGUACGACCCCAUCUCCCAUCGAUGGAGUGCCCUGCCCGUCAUGGUCACACGUCGGGCCUACGUGGGCGUCGCCUGCCUCAAUAACUGCAUCUACGCAGUGGGCGGCUGGAAUGAGGCACUGGGCGCACUGGAGACGGUGGAGAAGUACUGCCCUGAGGAGGAAAAAUGGCUGGAGGUGGCCCCGAUGUCUACGGCACGUGCCGGCGUUUCCGUGUCAGCGGUGAACGGGCUGCUGUACGCAGUUGGGGGGAGGGCGGCCAGCGGAGACUUCUCUGCCCCGGUGACGGUGGACUCUGUGGAAAUCUACGACCCUCACCUGGACACCUGGACUGAAGUCGGCAACAUGAUCACAAGCCGCUGUGACGGAGGGCUGGCUGUGCUCUGAUAUACAGGAAUGUAUGAGACUAUGAAACAUUCAUGUCCGCCCCUGGAUCCUCCCGAAACUGCAUAAACUGAAGAGAAUCUGCACCUUGAGAACACAAGAGUGUGUUUUUUGUCUUGCGUUGGAUUUCAUUUCAUCAUUUCAUCUUCAAUGAUAUGUUAUUUAUAAAUGGAUCGUGUGGUUGCUUUUUUAUUAAAAUAUUAUAGCAGAUCUUCAACUGGAAAACAAAUGGAUCUGCUUCUAUUAACACUGGCACAUGGCUCAUCUGUUUCUGGAUUUAAAGGAAUUUUAAAGUAGGAACACAUCUUCUAUUGUGUGUUGGACUACAAAGCUUUUCUCGUUAUUAUAAGGAUACUAUUCCACUGCAGCAGGUCUAUUUUUGAUUGACCAGACAGAGAGUAUCUCUUCAUAGUUGUCAGCGUCUUUUGGGGACUGAGAACACUGCUGUAGACCAAGGUGUGAGAGCACUGUUCUUUAGUCUGUUGUAUUGUUAUCUUGCCUCAAAGGAAAGUUUGAGAUGUUUGUGCAUUGCUACUUUGAAAAUGUAUGAAACCACUACAAGCCUAUUUGAUAAUGGAACCAAAUGAAACUUAGGGGUGUUUUAAGUUUUGCAGUCAGUGAUUUCUGUGAAUAAUCUUAAACUUGAAUGACACAGCACUGUUGUCACACCAGUGCAGUACUCACACAUUUUUCAUUGAAUUAUUUUUGUACAUAUGACACUUUAAGCACUAUUGCAUCCCUCACAUGAAGAGAAACAUGACAAGAAGAGAGUAUACCUUGUGUCCUCAUUGGAUUUUGUCACAUCAGCACAUAUCACAUCAAGUGAUACACAAAGAAAGUAUUGCCUAUCGUGUUCCGUUAUCCUAUUGCAAGAAACAACAUAAUGUUACAGAAUAAUAUUAAACUAUUUUGUCUGCUUUUCCUAUUUAAUGUCAUAGGAACUGUGUUUUUGAUAGGAUUAAAAUGAACCUGCAUCACUAUUAUUUAUCCAAGAUUACUGCAGUUUUAGAGCUUGUUAAAGACACUUCACACACCAAGGCAUGGGAUCAAAUCAUUACUCAUUAUUAUUUUCUGUUAUACUGGAGUGAGGUAUCGAGAUCUGAUAUGAAAAAUCAAGACUUUGAUUUUGUACAUUAAGAGCAAACAAGUUCUGAGUUCACUGUUCUGAUUGGCUGGGGUGAUUUUCUGCACUGUGCAAACAGACUUAUUACACAGCAAGACUUGUGUGGGAGGAUUAAAUUACAUCUGGCUGCACAUGGAAAAGUAAAACCUCUCAGCACAUUCAGCCCUGUUGUCAUCAACACUGUAGUGCCGUUGUUAUUAGGAUCUGCAUGCAUCUGUUUGGCUGAGGUUUGUUAGUGUAAAGCAUCAUGGUUUAGUAUUGAUGGGGAGAACUUCCAAGACAAUGGAGAAUGUAUGAUCAAUUUCCUCCAGCUCUGCAUUCCUUUGUUUAAAUUGAAUAUUUACAUUUAAUGUCAUUUUCCAGUGAAACCAUGUUGAUCCGAAUGUAUGAUAUUUGUGAAUAUAUAAAUUGAGAAGAUUCCAAAUCCUUCUGUCUGGUUUUGGCAUCUUGAUCCACUGUCAUAAAUAUGUAAAAAUUA